AGGCAGAGCGGAACCGGCGAGGUGAAGCCCGGGGGCCCCGCAGCCGGAGCGCGUGGCGGGGGCGCCGGCUCCAUGGGCAGCGGCGCACAGCGGCGCGAGGAUGAUGAUGAUGGACGUUAACAGCAGCGGCCGCCCGGACCUCUACGGCCACCUGCGUUCUUUCAUCCUGCCGGAGGUGGGGCGCGGGUUCCCGGACCUGAGCCCCGACGACGACGGGGGCGCGGACCCAGUGGCGAGCUCCUGGACGCCGCACCUGCUGAGCGGCUUCCCCGAGGCGACCGCCAGCCCCGCGCCCACCUGGGACGCGCCGCCGGACAAUGUCUCGGGGUGCGGGGAGCAGAUCAACUACGGCCGAGCCGAGAAAGUUGUGAUCGGCUCCAUCCUGACGCUCAUCACGCUGCUGACGAUCGCGGGCAACUGCCUGGUGGUGAUCUCCGUGUGCUUCGUCAAGAAGCUCCGCCAGCCCUCCAACUACCUGAUCGUGUCCCUGGCGCUGGCCGACCUCUCCGUGGCCGUGGCGGUCAUGCCCUUCGUCAGCGUCACCGACCUCAUCGGGGGCAAGUGGAUCUUCGGACACUUCUUCUGCAAUGUCUUCAUCGCCAUGGACGUCAUGUGCUGCACGGCCUCGAUCAUGACCCUGUGCGUGAUCAGCAUAGACAGGUACCUGGGGAUCACGAGGCCGCUCACCUACCCGGUGAGGCAGAACGGGAGAUGCAUGGCAAAGAUGAUCCUGUCGGUCUGGCUGCUGUCCGCCUCCAUCACCCUGCCGCCGCUCUUCGGGUGGGCCCAGAACGUGAAUGACGACAAGGUGUGCCUGAUCAGCCAGGACUUCGGCUACACCAUCUACUCCACCGCCGUGGCGUUCUACAUCCCCAUGUCGGUCAUGCUGUUCAUGUACUACCAGAUCUACAAGGCGGCGCGCAGGAGCGCCGCCAAGCACAAGUUCCCCGGCUUCCCCCGGGUGCAGCCCGAGAGCAUCGUCUCGCUGAACGGCAUGGGGCGGCUCCAGAAGGAGGUGGAGGAGUGCGCCAACCUCUCGAGACUCCUCAAACACGAGAGGAAAAACAUCUCCAUCUUUAAGCGGGAACAGAAAGCAGCCACCACCCUGGGCAUCAUCGUCGGGGCCUUCACCGUGUGCUGGCUGCCCUUCUUCCUCCUCUCCACUGCCAGGCCCUUCAUCUGCGGCACCUCCUGCAGCUGCAUCCCGCUGUGGGUGGAAAGGACAUGCCUGUGGCUGGGCUACGCAAACUCGCUCAUUAACCCUUUUAUAUAUGCCUUCUUCAACCGGGACCUGCGGACCACCUACCGCAGCCUGCUCCAGUGCCAGUACCGGAACAUCAACCGGAAGCUCUCGGCGGCGGGCAUGCACGAGGCCCUGAAGCUCGCCGAGAGGCCCGAGAGGCCCGAGUUUGUGCUACAAAACUCUGACUACUGUAGAAAAAAAGGUCAUGAUUCAUAAUCCAAACUGGAAUAAUGGAGAUGAAAUACACAAGACAAAACAGGUGGAAGCAGAAUGAAAUGAUUUGCCAAGACUGCACUGGAAUGCCGCUUCUGUCCUUUGUGGGGACACAUGGGGUGAUCUGUUGUAUAAAGUGUUUCAUGGAGGAGGUGGUGGCUUCUCCUUUUUAUUUCCCCUGUGGAUCAGUGCUAUUGUGUGCAAAUGAAAAUAAUUCUCAAUGUAAGGCAGCCAGAUCAUCUCUGCAGUAAGCACACUCACAGAACUGAGUUCCAGAAGGGAAGCAGUUUCUGGUGCUUUCUUUUGCAUCUGUCCACAUCCAUGCAAAUGAGAGAAAGUUCUAAUGCACACUUCCCUGGCUUCUGAGUCUAGGCAUCGUGAUGAAUAUUCAGGAAUCAUUCACAAGACAAAAAAAAAUAUAUUUUGUGCUCUGACAGAAGGGUCUCUUUUCAAGCAAACUGCGGUACGCGUAGUGUUGAAUAUGUUGCAUGUCAUGUUAGAAAACAGAACCCAGUCAUCAGCUAAUACAAAUGAUUCCUCAGAGCAGUGUUUGUUUCAAAGCUUCCGUCAAAUCGUUUGGCUUUUCUGCAGGGUCUCUGUGACGUCUCACCGUGUACUUUCUUUGUGGACUUCCUUAUUGUGAUGGUAUAGCUCAGGAAUAGAUCUCAGGAUGGAGAGAAUCAUAAAAAUCUGAAAAUAGCUAUUUCGUGCACUCCUGCUUCAAAGAGGCCCUGAGUGGCAAGGGGAUUCCUUUUGUGAGGAGUUUGGAUGAAGAGUGAGUGCUUCGUAACCACAUUGUAUAUUAACAUGAUUAUGGCAUGUCGUUCACUCUCAUCUACAAGGGUGCAGUGAGCCCCUGGGGCAGGUCCGUAACUUUGUGUUGCGGACUUUGUGAGAUCCCUAAGGCAAUAAUGGUUUCCAUGAAUGGUUAGGUGCUUCUGGAGACAGAAUAGGAACACAUUAACUCAAGUGCAAUCAUUGGGUGAAUUUGACAUCACCUGGACCACUGUAGGAAUAGCCCCAGAACACCAUUUGGUAUCAUCAAGGGAAGUUGUUUUUAUGUCCUCUGUAUCUGAAAUCAAAUGUGUGCCUGGUUUAUUCUCUCCCCCAACCCCUCCUCCUUCCAAUACAAAGUGAUAGGCAUUAAGGGCAGGGAAAGAAACAGAGUUCCUUUGUGGCCAGCAUUACCUUUGUAAUGGUACUAUGUCCUGACUCUGAUCUGAAGAGAGGGAAAGACCUACAUCAGAAAAAGAAUAUCCAUAACUAUAAGGGGAAAAAGGAAGGCAAACUAUUAUUUGAUAAAAGAGAAUUGAAAGAGAGUAUUAUUUUCCGACCAUGAAGAGGUCCGUCUGUCCUCUUGGAGGACUAAAUGGAAUUCCAGCGUGGACUAUGGACUUCUUCCAGCUGUCAUUGACAUUGCUCCUGGCCACAUGCUGGGCAGGGCUGCCUGUCCUGCGAGGGGAGGUGGACACUGUUCUGUCAGACAAAGCUUGUACAAAUUCCCGAACUGCAGAUUUGCUAAAGUGACAGUGUAUACUUACAACUCAUAAUUUAAAUGAUUAUGGUCAA